AUGCCAAGCAGCAGUAUUGCCUCAUCUAAGGAGUACAUGCUGGUCCUUCCUCCAAAGUACAAGCUUUGUCUCUUUUGGAUAAGUGCUAACCGCUGCAGGUGCAUACACAAAUUCUGUUUCUUCCCUGUGGGACUGCCUUCCGAUCGUCCAUCAGAUGAUUUGGUUGGAGACCAAUCUGCUACAAGUGAAUCUAGCUCUCCGCCAAAGAGGAAGUCGGAUGUUUUGGAUCCUCCAGCUAAGAAAGUGCUGGCUACCGAUCAACCAUCAGAUGAUUUGGUUGUGGACCAGUCUGCUACAAGUGAAUCUAACUCUCCGCUGAAGAGGAAGUCGGAUGUUUUGGAUCCUCCAGCUAAGAAAGUGCUGCCUUCGGAUCAUCCAUCAGAUGAUUUGGUUGGAGACCAGUCUGCUACAAGUGUAUCUCGCUCUGCACUGAAGAGGAAGUCGGAUGUUUUGGAUCCUCCAGCUAAGAAAGUGCUGCCUUCUGAUCAUCCAUCAGAUGAUUUGGUUGGAGACCCAUCUGCUACAAGUGUAUCUAGCUCUCCGCUGAAGAGGAAGUCGGAUGUUUUGGAUCCUCCAGCUAAGAAAGUGUGCAUAGAAGAAGGCCACUCCUCUGCUGUUGCUGCACAUUACAAUGAACUCCAGGAGUGUGGAUUAAAGCAGCGAAGUCAGUCUCGUAUCUUCUAUCUGAGAAACUUCAAUAACUGGAUGAAAAGUGCACUCAUAAAUGAGUUUAUCGAAAGAGUGCGGGAGAGAAAAAAUAGAAACGUCGCAGUAUUGGAUCUCGGCUGUGGGAAAGGUGGAGAUUUGUUAAAGUGGAGGAAAGGCAAAAUAGAUCACCUUGUCUGUACAGAUAUAGCAGAAGUUUCUGUCCAGCAGUGUAAACAGCGGUAUGUUGACAUGAAAGAACGAGCCCGCCAUGAGUAUAUUUUUCAAGCAGAGUUUGUGACUGCAGAUUCUACAAAGGAGCUAUUGUCUACAAAGUUCAAAGAUCCAAAGAUGACUUUUGACAUCUCCAGCUGUCAAUUUGUUUACCAUUAUUCAUUUGAGACAUAUGAGCAGGCUGACAUGAUGCUCAGAAAUGCCUGUGAACCACUUUGCCCAGGAGGCUAUUUCAUCGGCACAACUCCAGAUGGCUUUGAGCUGGUGUAA